AUGGGCUUCUUGGACAGUCUCCUAGCUGGUUGUGCCGUCGAGGAACGGGGUAGCCGUGCCGUCAAGCCCCCGCUGCCCAGCCUCAUUGCCUCUCCGGGGCUGAAUGAGACCAGCUUAGAGAUUCAGACUCCCCAUGUCAUUGCCGGCGCAUUCAUCGCCGCAUUUGCCGCUGCCGUGGCGGACAGACUGGGCAACCAGCUCCUCGCCCACUACUAUCUGACCGGCCAGCGCAUCGUCAUCAACCUCGACCGCGUCAUCGACGGCCUGAUCGCCGACUUCACCCGUGAGUUCUGGGACGAGCUGUGGGACUUCUACUACGCCUCCAAUGCCCAGCAUGCCCGCCAGCUAUCACUGCUGUUUCGCGGGCCCAUCCGCCAGCUCAUCAUGAUUCUCCUCGGGCCCGAGCUGGCACGAUGCAUCCUCGACAUCAUCGGCCCUGGUCUGUCUCGCCGCAUAAACUCGUGGUCGCAGUCUGCAGGAGCUGGAGUCCCUCUCGAGAUGUCCGUCCAGCUGAUCAUGCGCUGGUGGGCUCUCGAGUAUCCGUCGCACUCGCCCGGCGGCUCGCCCGACGAAAUCGCCCGCACCAUAUGCAGCCGGACCGUCGCCGGCACGUCAUUCAAGACGCUCAUCACACGCAUAAAGAAGGUCCUAUAUACCCCCCAUCACGUCCAGAAGCACCUCAUAGACUCGGCCGCAUGGCACAUCCUCAUGCGACGCCCCUUCCGACCCCCCUCUGACGGCUUUCAUGUGUGGCAGCUGCGCCUCGAAUGCGACCCUCGCCAGCGGAUUGCGGACUGUGGAGGGAGCACGGCACACAUCGGGUCGCUGCCCGUCAUCGUCGGAACUGUCAACGAGUGCUACCCUACCACGAUAGCCGAAUACUCGGCGCGGAACUGGCCACGAUGCGGGUCCAUCCUCAUGGGAUGUCUAGGCGAGGCCCUGGCCAAGGCAACGACGCCGGCCCACACUAUGCACGAGCAGGAAACGGGUGGCAUGUCCCUUUGGGAUGGGGGCUACUCGGCAGCCGCUAUGUCCCAUGGCCUCCGCGCCAUACACGUCGAGGUGGAGGCUGCCUUCAUCCGCCUGACCGUGUGCGCCCGCGCACCCGCCAUGAUAGAGCUCAUGAGACAGGUAGCAUGGACGUGCGCGGCUCUGAGCUCGUCACCAUUUCCCGAUGCUCUGUCCGAGUGCCGUCUGCAAGUCUCGGACUGGGCCUACACCGACGAUGCAACGAGUGUCAGCUGCAGCCUGGCGCACCAUGAAGUAGCGCCGGAGCAAGGGUCAGCGUGGCUGCAGCAGCGGCGCGGGGCCGUCGUGGUUCCCGGCUUUCCUAUAGAGGAGGACAGGAUAUACCAUUUUCAACCUAAUAUGAUAUAG